GUGGCAUCUGCAGGACGUGGGUGGAAGGACACCAUUAGACACCUGUUGGUCCCUGCACCCAGAGGUGCUCAGUGUUACAUCUAGGCUCCUAGACGUCUGUGCCCAACAUUGUCCUCAGGUGGCUCUGCAUUUUGUUCUUAGAAAUGGCACGGGCUAGGGAAGAAGCAGGGGACAGCCAGCUGGUAUCCAGUCGGGAGCCAUUGCCACGCAUCAUCAGACUAUCUGUCAAGACGCCACAUGACUGCCAGGAAUUUUUGCUAGCAGAAAAUAGCAGUGUUCGCCACUUUAAGAAGCAGAUCUCCAAACGCCUUCACUGUGACACUGACCGACUGGUGCUCAUCUUCACUGGAAAGAUCCUCCGGGAUCAAGACAUACUUGGCCAGCGUGGCAUCCACGAUGGUGCCACAGUUCACUUGGUGGUGCGGACACGUUUGAAAGGAUUAGCCAGUCCUGCCCCUCUGCCAAGUGCCACUGACCAUUGCACCCAUCGUUCUGAGCCCUCUGCCUCUGAAAUUGCUGGGAUACUAGCUAGGCUGGGCCGGCUAGCCCGGACCUCACCUGAGCUCACCAACCUCUUUGGCCAACUGACACAACUCCUGAUGACUGCACCGGAAUCUGUCGUGCAGUUCUUGGAAGACCCUCUAAUUCAAGGACUAGCAAGUGAGAAACAAGCCCUGGCCAGCCACAUUCCUGAGCCCUCAAGGCCAGUGCAGAAACGUGACUCGGAGCUCAAGACUCUGGAAAGCUUGCAGAAGCCAGCCCGGCAACAGGAAGUUUUAGAAGCAAGCAAGCAGAGGCUGGAGGCCUUGAAGGCAGUGCCAGGUGGGGACAAUGCUAUGCGUCCGGUCUCCUCAGAUGUGCAACAGCUCAUGCUUUCCACUCUGGCCUUACUGAUUGCAUCCAAAGACUACAUCUCAGGUUCAGAGUCUUGCAGAGGAGAAGCCAACGUGCACAGCAGUUCUGAUACAACCAUGACUAUCCCCACCGCUUCUACGCCUGCCAGACCAUUUGUACAAGAGGUCAGUGGGGGAGCUCUUACACAGGGCAGGGGUAAGACCUCAAAUCAGGCCAGUUCUGGAUGUAAGAAUGGUAUGCCGGUCUUAUACUCAGGCCAAGAUCUUCCCUCCCAGGAUAGUCAGCAGCCUGGAGAGAAAGGCCCUUUGACCAACCAGCUGAGACCUUCACCUCUUUUGUGCCAAGCCUUGCAUGUCCUCCAGCAGAAUCCAACUCUGUUGCACCAGCUGAGCAGCAGUCCCCUGCGACACCACAUACCAUUACUUUCCAUCCUGACCAAUCCACGAGCACUGCAGGCACUGAUACAGAUCGAGCAAGGUCUACAGAUCCUGUCCAGGGAGGUGCCUGGUCUGAGACCGUACUUACAGGACCCAACUAGACCACAUGGAUCCCAAAGAGUUCCAGAAUCAAGGGGCGGAAGACAAGGGCACAGAGAAGACCCUGUGUACCCCACCCUGGCUAUUCUUCAGCUUCUCCAUGCACUGGCCAGUGCUUGUUCCCAAUCUACCCAAUCACCAUUACUCUCAUCCUUCCUCACAGAAAGUCGCUACCAGCAAGAACUGGAACAGCUGAAGGCACUGGGUUUUGUUAAUCGCAAUGCCAACCUGCAGGCCCUGAUAGCCACAAAUGGAGACAUCCAUGCUGCCAUUGAGAGGCUGCUGGGGGAGCCACAGGCCUAGGUCUCCCCAGCAGAUGCUCACAGUGCACCACCAGGAAG